GAAAAUUGAACAGUUCGAUAUAAAAAUAGAGCGUUUAUUAUAAGUGUUGACAGAUUGACGUAAGAAAAGAUGUUACCAAAAACAAGUCCUAAAUCCAGCAAGAAAAUUGGUAAAGCUCAGAAGAAAAUCUCUAAGAACGAUAAUAAGAAGAAACGUAAGAGGAAGGAGAGCUACCUAAUUUAUAUAUACAAAGUACUUAAGCAAGUACACCCUGACACGGGAAUUUCCAGCAAGGCAAUGAGUAUAAUGAACAGUUUCGUUAACGAUAUCUUCGAGCGGAUUGCUGCCGAGGCAUCACGUCUAGCUCAAUAUAAUAAGCGAUCCACCAUAAGCAGCAGGGAAAUUCAAACAGCAGUGCGUCUCUUGCUACCGGGAGAACUCGCUAAACAUGCUGUUAGUGAAGGUACUAAAGCUGUUACUAAAUAUACAAGUUCCAAAUAA